AUGAAAAGCAAGGAGAAUUUCACUGCAGCUGAUUUUGAAAUUGAGAAAAUUGAGCCAAAUACUCUCAAUUUGCUGACUCAUCUGGUAACCAGCGUGAUGCAGAACGAGAGUGCAGCCAGUGAGCUCUACGAGUUCCUACAGUGCAAGAAGGAGACUGCUAAGGAGUCGAUCAGAGAGAUCUACGUCUUUGUCUGGUUCUAUCCUGGAUUUCAAUUGAGUCUCCUAAACAGCAUUUGUAGUGCUUACACCACCAAUACGCCAAGUAGUCUCGAAAGCAUCCUUAAACUGGUUACAUUGCUCUGUGAGGAGUACGUAGUCGUCAGAAACAUCCUCCAGCACAAGCUUGAUACCUCACUUCACCCAUUUCUGUGUGCUGCCUCAGUCGACUUCUCAGAGCGAAUUAAGCUUAGUGUCCUAGAAAUUUAUUGCUCGAUUCUCAAGACAGUCACAAACACCCAUUGCAACCUGAUUCCAUUCAGUGACAUUCUUCCAAUUACGCUUCGUGUCAUCAACCAGCCUGAGACGAGACUGAAAGUGAAGGGAACGUAUCUUCUAUUCCUGAUAAUCUCAGUCCAAGUUGCCACUGAAGAGACCCAUCAGAAGUAUUCAAGCAGGGGUCUCGAAUAUACGGUACAAACUGUAGACAGAUUCAAUGCCGUAGAUAUGGUGAUAGGGCCACUAGUGAUGCAUGGGGUGAAUACUCGCAAUCCACUAUUGCUUAAGAACGUAUUCAGAAUCUACUUGAAGCUGUGUGAGAAGAGCAACGUGAGGACCAAGAUACUCGAAGACAAAAUGCCAGAGGGAAUGUUCAGCAAGGAGAUUUAUUCGAUACUGAAAAACGACUACGAGUUGAAUGAGUUGCAUAAGAAGAUAGCAAAGGUAAUGAAAUGA